AGCAGGGCAGUACCGGAAGCGGCUGGCGGAGCUCGGCUGGAGGCAAUUCGAGGGUCUGGGUGCAAAAAGCCCAGGUUUAGGAGUCGCAGGCAUGCUGCGUCCCAAGGCUUUGACCCAGGUGCUAAGCCAAGCCAACACUGGAGGUGUCCAGAGCACCUUGCUGCUGAAUAACGAGGGAUCUCUACUGGCCUACUCUGGUUACGGGGAUACAGACGCCCGGGUCACCGCAGCCAUCGCCAGUAACAUCUGGGCCGCUUACGACCGGAACGGGAACCAAGCAUUUAAUGAAGACAAUCUCAAAUUCAUCCUCAUGGACUGCAUGGAGGGCCGUGUAGCUAUCACCCGUGUGGCCAACCUUCUGCUGUGUAUGUAUGCCAAGGAGACUGUUGGCUUCGGAAUGCUCAAGGCCAAGGCACAGGCCUUGGUGCAGUACCUGGAGGAGCCCCUCACCCAAGUAGCAGCAUCCUGAUGGGUAUUGGUGGAACUACGGGUCAUACAAAAGAGAUGAUCAUUUGAAGGGGCAAGGCCCCCCAGGGAAACCUUCCUGGACUGUGGAACUUUGUUUUUUCAAAGAAUAAAUUUCACUUCUGUCUU